GAAUUCCUGAUUCACAUUCAUGACCCAGGCUGCGACAAGAAUCGUGGCCAUGCCUCCAUGGCGAGCCCGUGCAACGAGACGAGAAGCAGCAGCCAGACUCGUAUCUGCGAUCGAAAGACGUGCAUCCGGCAGAGGCUGAUGAGAGCAUUCGGACGUAUCGAAAGGUCAACUCGCGGACAUGGCAAAGCAGGAUGCGAGCCAUGACGAAGCUUCACAUCAAGCGAAUGCAGCGGAACCCGUGUUGUCAAGUCCUCCAAACGACUUGAUUGUACUGCAGCAAGGCUUCGCAAGACCCGUGACAAAUGCUGACGACGAGACCUUUCUGCUCUACUCUUUAUCCCAUCCUGAGGACGGACGAGCCGGGUUAGGCUUCGUCAAUGCUUCCUCCGACACCUUGCGAGUCACAGUGCCUUUGCGACGUGCGGACGGACACCCGGAGGUUGCCGUCGAGUGCAUCGACGAGGAGGUGCACAUGCACAUGAUGAGCGCUAAACACAAGUCUCGAAGCAGGAGUAAAGGAGAAGCAUCGAGCGCUCGGUCUCGGAAAGCACGCACAAGUAGCAAGGACCAGACGCCUUCCCUUGCAGAGGUGGACCAGGUAGUUGUGACCAUUCGCCAGAAUACCACCUCGCUGCGCUCCACUGUUGGCGAUACGGGAAGCGUUGUUUGGCGAUCGAGCCUUGCUCUUGCCGCUUUGAUGCUUCGACAGCUGUCCCCAAGCAGCGAAACAUCCGCAUCAGCACCACCGCUAUUACAACCUCAGUCUUUUCAGAUCGCAAGAAUUCUAGAGCUUGGAGCGGGCACCGGUGUGCUCCCCUUGCUUCUACUUGCGCAUCCGAAUAUUGCUGCGCCCAACGCCGGCACAACCUGGAUAGCGACGGAUCAAGCGGCUAUGAUGCCACUGCUGCGUCGAAAUCUCGAUGCGCAUCACCUCGCCCAAUCCAAAGAGCCAAAAGCGUCCACCAGCUUCAAUAAAUCUGCAGGCGUACGCCUCGGUAGUGCCGAGCUGGAUUGGCUGGAAGCGCAACAAGCUUGGGAGAGCGGAGUGGAGAGCAGAAGACAGAGGUUUCGAAGCGCCGUUCUGUCCGACUUUGUGGGGAGGAGCACUUGCCAUGUAGACAAGGAAGCGCAAGGUGUCGAAGACGAUGCGUGGCCGGAUCUCAUCCUGGCCUCGGACUGUAUAUACAAUCCAUCGCUGUUUGCGGCUCUUCUCGCAACGAUUGAUCUGUUCUGCGCGCCAAACCGCACGCUGGCCCUAAUCGUCUGCGAGCUUCGCUCAGCCGAGACUGUUCAGCUGUGGCUUUCCAAUUGGUUGGCGCGAGGCUCGUCCGGGGGGCGAGCGCCUAACACGAACGGCAAGUGGUGCAUCUGCAGCCUCGAGAAGGAGAUGCUUGGACACAUGCUGGGCAAAGGUAAUGCCGCGUGGGUCGCAUGGCGCACCAGGUAGCGACACCAGACAGCUUGGCGAAGUUCCCCCAAACGAUGGCUUGCACAGGAGACAUUUUACAGAGUGAAUUGCUUGCCAGACUCGCAUCCGUAGUG